AUGGAGAGUAUUUUCAACGACACUGACUUGUGGCCCCUGAAUGAAACUUGGCGAAACGUUCCAGUGUCAAACGGUAGCGCUUCUGUAAACCAAACAAACCCUUUGAAAAGGAACGAGGAGGUGGCCAAAGUGGAGGUGACGGUGCUGGCGCUGGUCCUGUUCCUUGCGCUCGCGGGUAAUCUGUGCGUCUUGCUGGCCAUCCACAGCGCCAAGCACAGCCAGUCGCGCAUGUACUACUUCAUGAAGCACUUGAGCAUCGCAGACCUGGUAGUAGCCGUGUUCCAGGUCCUGCCACAGCUUAUCUGGGAUAUCACGUUCCGUUUCUAUGGACCAGACCUUCUCUGCAGACUGGUCAAGUACCUGCAGGUGGUUGGGAUGUUUGCCUCUACGUACAUGCUCGUACUUAUGUCCAUUGACCGCUGCCUGGCAAUCUGUCAGCCGCUGCGCUCCUUAAACCGCAGCAAGGACCGUGUUUAUGUCAUCUGCUCCUGGGUCAUGAGCCUGGUCUUCAGCGUACCCCAAAUGUUUAUUUUCUCCCUCCGGGAAGUGGGAACUCCCGGGUCUGGGGUUUAUGAUUGUUGGGGAGACUUUGUGAAGCCAUGGGGGGCCAAAGCAUACAUCACAUGGAUCAGCCUGACCAUCUACAUCAUCCCCGUGGCCAUACUCAGCCUGUGUUAUGGUCUCAUCAGCUUUAAAAUUUGGCAAAAUUUUAAGCUUAAAACAAGGCGCGAGCAGUGUAUCAGUCUGACACCCAAAACCUCAAAAGGAAACACUCUGGCGCGUGUGAGCAGCGUCCGGCUCAUCUCCAAAGCCAAGAUCACCACUGUGAAGAUGACGUUCGUCAUAGUCCUGGCGUACAUCGUUUGUUGGACUCCGUUUUUCUCCGUUCAGAUGUGGUCUGCGUGGGACCCCGCCGCCCCAAGAGAAGCGACCCUGUUCAUCAUCUCCAUGCUGCUGGCCAGUCUGAACAGCUGCUGUAACCCCUGGAUCUACAUGUGCUUCGCGGGGCACUUGUUUCAGGACUUGCGGCAGAGCUUUCCCUGCUGCUCCCAGCGCUACUUCAAGUCCUCCCAGUGCCACUGCGACCGCGACUUCAGCUCCAGCCACAAGAGCCUCUCCUCCACCUUCGUCAUCAAGACCACCAGCAGCCAGCGCAGCAUCACCCAGACCUCCAGCACAUAG